AUGGAACCAGACAGCACUGCAGACUCGGAAACAGGAAGUCCUACUCCCUCUGGAUGGUGGAGAAGGCAAACAUACGACUAUUGCAGCUAUUAUCUGGAUGGUGAUGGGAUCAUCCAAAAGAUAUAUCACAACCCAGCAGACGUAGAGGAAUCGAGGACAAGAGGACGAGCGAGGCCUCCCCCUCCUCAAAAGGGAGCUCUUAAGAAGACCGAAAUCCCCAGCUCUGCCAAGGAUGCUGUCAGGGGAUCUACCCCAGUUAGCUUUGAGCCUCCAGCGCGGCCUCCAAAGUACUUCUUGCAAGGGAAACCUCGUAUGAGCAAUGCUGCGGACGACUCGUAUGGACCUACAAAGUUGGAGAUGAAUCGGUUCAGAUCGCAUGAUAGCGAGGGAGAAACAGCCUGGCACUCUAGUCAGUCACCGAAUGACCUCGACGCUCCUCCGCCUGAGACCACAACUCCCAGGAUUUUAGGGACGAUAUAUGUCCACAGGAAUACUAGAGAUGGGGGCUAUCAAAUCUGGGUCUGGUGCAAUCACAAAGGUAGCGAACGAGAGCUCUGGUGGCGGGCUGUAGAUCUGGAGAAUGAGCAGUUCGCACACCCCAAGAUUGCAACGAGGUCACUAAAGUUAACUUCUGGGGGGAAACCUAGUUGGGUUCUGAAUAGCACGUUGACAACGUAUCGAAACCGGAGUGCAAAGCGGUCCAGGUCGCGACCCGCCACAGGCUCGACAUUAGGUUCUACAGAGUCUGCUAGUGCAGCAAAAUGA